AUUGUUUCUCUUUCCCUCUUCUUUAACCCAUUUUUUGCUUUCGCUUUCUUUCUUAAUUAUUUCUCACUGCUUUUGAUUCUGUCACCCAUAAAAAUAUGGCUGUGAGUUUUGCAAUUCCAGCGUACUUCACGGCAAUAUUCAUUCUAAGCCGUUUGAUGUCCAUCAUAGGGAUAUCAAAGCCCUGGAGUCAUAUUUCACCAAAGCUCCUAACCCUUGAUAUUGCAGGCAAACUCUCUGUUGAUCCUUCAGCCAUUGAACAAGCCUCUCAAGAUUUCGGUCACAUUGUAAAAACCAUUCCUGAAGCAGUUCUGUACCCUUCAUCCCCUGAAGACAUUGCUACCCUCAUAAAAUUCAGCUACACUAAUUCAGUUCCUUUCAGCAUAGCAGCCAAAGGUCACGGCCAUUCUGUGAGGGGCCAGGCCAUGGUCAAUAAUGGGGUCGUGGUAGACAUGACAUCUAUGAAGAAGCAUAGAAACGGAACUGGAAUCCAAAUCUCAACCGACGGGUUUUACGCAGAUGUUGGCGGCGAACAGCUUUGGAUUGAUGUGCUAAAUGCCACAUUGGAACGUGGACUUGCACCAGUUUCCUGGACCGAUUAUUUGUACCUAACCGUAGGUGGGACACUCUCCAAUGCUGGAAUCAGUGGGCAAACCUUUCGAUAUGGUCCUCAGAUCAGUAAUGUCUAUGAAAUGGAUGUUAUAACAGGAAAAGCUGAUUUUCUGACUUGCUCCCCAAAGAAGAAUUCAGAGCUCUUUUAUGCUGUUCUGGGAGGCUUAGGCCAGUUUGGGAUAAUAACCAGAGCAAGAAUUCCACUUGAGCCAGCACCAAAAAGGGUUAAGUGGGUACGAAUGUUGUACAAUGAUUUCUCUGUUUUUACUGGAGACCAAGAGCUUUUGAUCUCGAAAAAUGGAAGGAAUGACAAAAAAGCACUUGAUUUUUUGGAAGGUUCACUUCUGAUGGAUCAAGGUUCUCCGGAUAACUGGAGAUCCUCCUUUUUCCCAACCGCAGAUCACCCGAAAAUAAUCUCCUUGAUAACCAAGCAUCGUGUUAUCUACUGUCUUGAAGUUGUCAAGCAUUAUGAUGAUCAAACCAAAGACACAAUGGACAAGGAGCUGCAACAGCUUUUGAAAGGUUUAAGCUACAUGCCUGGAUUUAUGUUCCAAAAAGAUGUCCAAUAUGUAGAAUUCUUGAAUAGAGUCCGAAGUGGAGAGCUGAAGCUUAAGUCACAAGGAUUAUGGAAUGUUCCACAUCCAUGGCUGAAUCUUUUUAUACCCAAAUCUCAGAUAGCAGAUUUCAAUGAUGGUGUUUUCAAGGGCAUUGUCCUUGAACGAAACAUUACGACAGGACCUGUCCUUGUUUACCCCAUUAACAGAAAAAAGUAAGAGUUUUUAAUUAAAAUUUGAUGAUACUUUCAUUUUGCUUCACAAAUUAAGGAAAAAAAAAUUCAUAUUUUGUUGUUGUAUUGAUAUUGGCAGAUGGGAUGAUAGGAUGUCAGCUGUUAUACCAGAUGAAGAAAUUAUCUACACGGUAGGAUUUUU